AUGGCAGCCUCAGAUAAGAAUAGUCCCUUGGACUUUACGACAUUCCACAAUGUCAUUAAUAACGAAUUGACCUCGACCGCCGCGACUCGCCAUGGUAUCAACCCAGCCACCGCGGAGCCCAAUCCCGAGGUCCCCGUCGCCACUCAGGAAGAUAUGGACAAGGCAGUCGCAGCUGCCCGCGCCGCUUUCAAGACCUGGUCCAAGACUUCUUUCGAGGAGCGCCGAGCCGCCCUCCACGCCUACGCCAAUGCCAUCGAGGCCAACCUCGACGGGUUCGCCAAGACCCUUACAAUGGAGCAGGGUAAGCCCUUGACUCAAUCUACCACUGAAGUCGGCAUGGCCAGCACCUGGAUUCGCGGGCUUAGCAGCUUCGAGAUCCCUACGAAUGUCAUCGAGGAGACCGAGGAUCGCAAGAUCAUUCAGCGGUACACACCCAUGGGUGUUGCGGGUGCUAUCGUGCCCUGGAACUUCCCAGUCCUUUUGGCUAUUGGCAAGAUUGUGCCUGCUGUGUAUACUGGUAACACGAUUAUUGUGAAGCCAUCGCCGUUCACUCCGUACUGUGGCUUGAAGCUCGUGGAGCUGGCAGCCCGUUUCUUCCCUCCCGGUGUUGUGCAGUGUCUGAGUGGAGACGAAAGCCUGGGUCCCCUGUUUACCGACCACCCCGGUAUUGACAAGAUCUCCUUCACUGGAUCGAUUGCCACGGGUAAGCGUGUCAUGGCCAGCUGUGCUAAGACCCUGAAGCGCGUUACUCUUGAAUUGGGCGGUAACGACCCGUGCAUUAUUUGCGAGGAUGUCGAUAUCGACGCUAUUAUCCCCAAGAUUGGAAUUCUCUCCUAUCUGUGCAGCUCCCAGAUCUGCAUGAUGAUUAAGCGACUCUAUGUGCACGAGAAGAUCUACGAUCAGUUCUUCGAGAAGCUAAUCGCUUUCGUCAAGACUCUCAAGGUCGGCGACGGCACCGAGGCGGACGUCUUCUUCGGCCCCGUUCAGAACAAGAUGCAAUUCGAAAAGGCCAAGGACCUCUUCAACUCCAUCUCUACCGAGAACCUCAAGGCCGUUCUCGGUGGCACUAUCGAGGAAUCAAAGGGUUACUUCAUCCACCCGACUAUUAUCCAGAACCCGCCCGAGAACUCCCGUGUGGUUCAAGAGGAGCCCUUUGCACCUAUCCUCCCCGUUAUGAAGUGGUCUGACGAGAACGACGUGCUCGAGAAGGCUAACGCACUUGAGACUGGAUUGGGUGCCUCGGUCUGGAGUAAGGACUUUGACCGUGCCACUCGUAUCGCGGACCAAUUGGAGUCUGGUGUGGUCUGGGUGAACUCGCACUUUGACGUCGCGCCUAACGCGCCGUUUGGUGGUCACAAGCAGAGUGGUGUUGGUGUUGAGUGGGGUCUGAGUGGUCUUUUGGGAUACUGCAACUCGCAGACGCAGUGGUUGAAGAAGAGCUUCUAG